UAGGAGGCAGGCGCAGUAGAAGACCCCUAUAUCCGACACACGCAGACGGACGGUGCCAGCUGCUAGCAGCGUUAGCUACAGUGGACAGUUAGCAACUAGCUGGAGAGUCGUAGCACCGUUACUACAUAUGAGGGACUGAGCAAGAGAGAGAGAGUGUGUGUGUGGCAGCCUGUGUGUCGACGCUUUGAGUGCUCGCUCGGCCGUCCAGAAGUCACUGCGUGUGUGUGUGUGUAUGUAUGUAUGUAUGUGGGAGUCUGUGUCUGUGUCUGGGAGUGUGUGUAUAUAUAAACCCUCUUAUCGCCCUCUUCCUCCUCCGACCAGCAGUGUGUCUGUGACUGUGUGUGUGAGGUUAGAAAGCAAAGAAGCAAACGCACACAUAAACACACUCUGGUAGUCGACUGUUUACACUCGGUGUCCGGUUACUUGACAGCGGAUUCACAUCAUUCACUGAUCCCGGCACAGCACCAGCAUGAUGUUGAGAUACAUUGUGGCACAAGGUGGCCCCAGCCUGUUGGCUGUGAGACGGGUGUAUCUUCUCUCCCGCUUUGCCCACUCUGCCCCGCAGAGCGAGUAUCGACCAAUCAAGAAAGUCAUGGUGGCCAAUAGAGGUGAGAUUGCUAUCCGUGUGUUCAGAGCCUGCACUGAACUGGGGAUUCGAACUGUGGCCGUCUACUCUGAGCAAGACACUGGACAGAUGCACAGACAGAAGGCAGACGAGGCUUACCUGAUUGGGAAAGGCCUGCCACCUGUUGCUGCAUACCUGCACAUUCCUGACAUCAUCAAAGUAGCCAAGGACAACAAUGUGGAUGCUAUCCACCCAGGCUAUGGUUUCCUCUCUGAGCGGGCAGACUUCGCUCAGGCUUGCACAGAAGCAGGAGUGAUGUUUGUCGGGCCAAACCCAGAGACGGUCCGCAAGAUGGGAGACAAGGUGGAGGCUCGCUCCCUGGCCAUCAGCGCAGGUGUCCCUGUGGUCCCAGGAACAAAUUCACCCAUUUCCAGCCUGCAUGAGGCACAGGUGUUUGCCCAAACAUAUGGCUUCCCGAUCAUCUUCAAAGCAGCCUAUGGAGGAGGUGGUCGAGGCAUGAGGGUGGUCAGAGAGUACGAGGAACUUGAGGAGAAUUACCAGCGGGCUUACUCUGAAGCCCUGACGGCUUUUGGGAAUGGAGCCCUGUUUGUUGAGAAGUUUAUUGAAAAGCCAAGACACAUUGAAGUGCAGAUCCUCGGUGAUAAGUAUGGUAAUGUCAUCCACCUCUAUGAGAGAGACUGCUCCAUUCAGCGGAGACACCAAAAGGUUGUGGAGAUUGCUCCAGCUUUCCAACUGGACCCACACCUGAGAGACCGACUUCACGCUGAUGCAGUCAACCUCGCCAGACAGGUGGGAUACGAGAACGCAGGAACCGUGGAGUUCCUGGUGGACAAACAUGGCAAACACUACUUCAUUGAAGUCAACUCCCGACUCCAGGUUGAACACACGGUCACCGAAGAAAUCACUGAUGUCGACCUGGUGCAUGCUCAGCUGCAUGUGUGUGAGGGCCGCAGCCUGCCAGAACUGGGCCUCAAACAAGACAAGAUCAGGGUGAACGGCUGUGCAAUCCAGUGCAGAGUGACAACCGAAGACCCAGCCAGAGGCUUCCAGCCAGACACCGGCAGGAUUGAGGUCUUCCGAAGCGGUGAAGGCAUGGGCAUCCGUCUGGACAGCGCCUCUGCCUUCCAGGGUGCUGUCAUUUCACCCCAUUAUGACUCCCUGCUGGUAAAAGUCAUCGCCAGCGGGAAGGACCUGCAGACAGCAGCUUCUAAGAUGAGCCGUGCCCUGGCCGAGUUCAGAGUACGAGGGGUCAAGACCAACAUCCCGUUCCUCCAGAAUGUUCUGUCCAACCACCAGUUCCUCCACUCCACUGUGGACACCCAGUUCAUUGACGAGAACCAGGACCUCUUCAACCUCAAACCCACUCAGAACCGAGCCCAGAAGCUACUGCACUACCUGGGUCAUGUGAUGGUAAAUGGACCAACCACACCCAUCCCGGUUAAGGCUAAACCCUCCUCCACAGACCCCGUCAUCCCUCCUGUCACCAUGGGCGACCCUCCAGUAGGUUUCCGUGACGUGUUGCUGCGUGAUGGUCCUGAGGGAUUCGCCAAGGCAGUCCGCACCCACCAAGGUCUGUUGCUAAUGGAUACCACAUUCAGGGAUGCUCACCAGUCACUCUUGGCAACCAGGGUUCGGACCCACGACCUGAAGAAGAUCUCACCAUUUGUCAGCCACAACUUCAACAACCUUUUCAGCUUGGAGAACUGGGGGGGUGCUACCUUUGACGUGGCCAUGCGCUUCCUGUCAGAGUGCCCAUGGAAGAGACUCCAAGAGCUGAGAGCUUUGAUCCCAAAUGUCCCCUUCCAGAUGCUGCUGAGAGGGGCCAACGCUGUGGGCUACACCAACUACCCUGACAACGCUGUUUUUAAGUUCUGUGAGGUGGCCAAGGAGAACGGCAUGGACAUCUUCCGUGUAUUUGAUUCCCUGAACUACCUGCCAAACAUGCUGCUGGGGAUGGAGGCUGCUGGAGCAGCAGGUGGUGUAGUGGAGGCUGCCAUCUCGUACACAGGCGACGUGUCCGACCCAAUGAGGCAGAAGUACUCCCUGGACUACUAUGUGAAACUGGCAGAUGAGCUUGUCAAGGCUGGAACCCACAUCUUGUGUAUUAAGGAUAUGGCUGGCCUGCUGAAGCCAGAAGCCAGCAAGCUUCUGGUCGGCGCUCUGAGAGACCGUUUCCCAGAUGUACCCAUCCAUGUGCAUACACAUGACACAGCUGGAGCCGGUGUAGCUGCUAUGCUGGCCUGUGCUGAGGCUGGAGCUGACGUGGUUGAUGUGGCUGUUGACUCUAUGGCUGGCAUGACUUCUCAGCCAAGCAUGGGAGCCAUCGUGGCCUGCGCCAAGGGGACCAAGCUUGACACCGGCAUUGCUCUGGAGAAGGUGUUUGACUACAGUGAAUAUUGGGAAGUAGCCAGAGGCCUGUAUGCUCCAUUUGACUGCACUGCCACGAUGAAAUCUGGCAAUGCUGAUGUCUAUGAGAAUGAGAUACCAGGAGGACAGUACACCAACCUUCACUUCCAGGCUCAUAGUAUGGGACUGGGAAAUAAAUUCAAGGAGGUGAAGAAGGCCUACACUGAAGCCAACAAACUACUAGGGGACCUCAUUAAGGUGACUCCGUCCUCAAAGAUCGUGGGAGACUUGGCCCAGUUCAUGGUGCAGAACAACCUGACCAGGGCAGAAGUGGAGGAGAGGGCUGACGAGUUAUCCUUCCCCCUGUCUGUGGUCGAGUUCCUGCAGGGAUACAUUGGGAUACCACAUGGAGGGUUCCCUGAGCCAUUCAGAUCUAAGGUGCUGAAGUCUCUCCCCCGUAUUGAGGGCCGUCCCGGUGCCUCUCUGCCACCUAUGGACUUCAAGGCCCUGGAGGAGGGCAUCCGAGCUGCACACGGUGAUGACAUCACCCCUGAGGAUGUGAUGUCAGCAGCUAUGUACCCCAAGGUGUUCCAGGAAUUUAAGGAAUUUACUUCUAACUUUGGCCCAGUAGACUGUCUCAGCACCAGGCUGUUCCUAGAUGGACCCAAGAUCGCUGAGGAGUUUGAGGUGGAGCUGGAGAGAGGGAAGAUCCUCCACAUCAAGGCACUGGCACUGGGUGACCUGAACAAAGCUGGUCAGAGAGAGGUCUUCUUUGAACUGAAUGGACAGCUGAGAUCUGUGCUGGUCAAAGACACUGUUGCCAUGAAGGAAAUGAAGUUCCAUCCUAAGGCUCAGAAGUCUAUCAAGGGUCAGGUGGGAGCACCCAUGCCUGGAAAAGUCCUGGAGGUCAAAGUGGAAGUCGGAUCCAAGGUGGAGAAGGGUCAGCCACUGUGUGUCCUUUCGGCCAUGAAGAUGGAGACCGUGGUCAACUCCCCAAUGGCCGGGACCAUAAAGGCAGUCCAUGUCACGGCCGACGUCUCCCUGGAGGGAGAUGACCUGAUACUGGAAAUCGAGGAGUAGAGUGAGAGGGUAGAAGGAGGGAGGGGGUAGUCAGACAAUCAGAUUUGGCAAAUUGUGAGAGAUGGAGGAACGGGGGGAUUAAAAAAUAAAAAAGAACCACAAGGAAAAACAGGAAUCCUUUAAAGACACUGAUCUCUUCUAUGGUGGUACAGCAGGACAUAUUGUACAUAUUCUGUUCGGCUAUACUGAGGACACAAAAUGAAGCACAGAUCUACACAUAUCCAGACCUGAGGGGUGUAAAGAGCAGAUGAUGGCAGUCCUAAAUAAUGCAUUAAUUUGAUUGAAUAGUGGUAUAAUUUAGUAAGGAAUUCCAAUCUCCAUGUAAUUCUCCCAAAAGCUAAGUAAUUCCCUGUAUGUGGUGAUUAGGUAAAAAAAUAAAAUAAAAAAAAAGUAUCUACUAAUGUCCUGUCAACUUGUAGAAGAAAAUAUAUAUUUUAGAACAACAUACAGAAUAUUUGAAAUGUGAUACAUUCCGUUACUUAUAUCUUAGUCUCAAAUGUGAUGUAUUACAAAGAGCUAACCAUGUGUAAGACUAACAGGGUCAUUACAUCUACUUUCCACAAUUUCCAUUUCUAUGCUGUUGAUGUUGCCUAAUAUAUUAAAACCGUGUAGGUGAACCUAUAUUCAACUAUAAAUGUGUUUUCUUUGUAAUCAGCAGGAUUCAGACAAAGGAGGACAAACUUAAGGAUGUAUUACCAAAUCAUUUUUUCAUAUGGGAACACUAUUUUCAUUUUUUCUCUGACAUGAGUCACUGUGCAUUCUGGGAAUGUGUAAUCACUCGUUGCAUUUAGACUCACUUUUAUUUUUGUAUGUAAAAAAUUUAAAACUGAUCUUUGGAAAACACAAAGUACACAGCUGCUGAAAGGAAAACCCCCCCACUAUUUUCACAAUAGGAGCACAACAAAGCAAGUGGUGCCACUUUGGUUUAAUGUGUAAACAGAUAAACAUGCCAGAAAUGUUAGAUAUUGCACUACGGUGAAAAGUAUUCUGUUACUGUAUCAGUAAUAAUAGAUGGUGGUUUAUUUUUUCUAAAGAUCUGUGAAAAUGAAAAUGUUUUUCCCACUCAUACCUGUCUUUAAAAUCCCAAAGCAGAAACAAAUUGUCGCAGCAUUGUUAAAAUGAAGCUGUAGGCCACAUAGGAAACCCAAAACCAGCUGAGCUCUAUCAUUUCAGAGAUAUAAAGUCACAUAGUCUUAAGGUGGCUUCUAAGGCCUUUUAAUUGUCUCUGGUUUAAUAACGUUGUGUUGAAAAAGCUGUCAGAGGAGCGGUCCCACCCUGUCUUUUCAGAAUCUUGCAGCGAUUAUGGUGAAUGGUAUUCUGUCUGUAUGGGGAUUUUAAUGCUAGGUGUAAAUGGGAUUACAUGGUAGUGUAAUGGAGGCAUGUGGUGUUAUUUUCGGAGGCUCUGCUGAUUAAUUUAUGAAUUAAUUCUCUGUCAAAUGAUGUGAAAUUAGCCGGACUAAUAAGAGACUCUGGAGACUCCCAGUAGCAGCGCUCAGCUUUAAAUUUGCAAUGCACGCGUGUGUGUUUGCAUAAAUUAAUCUAAAUUUCUGUGUGCACGCGUUAAAGCAAAUUUUAAAGACAACGUCCACCAGGCCCCAUACUGUUGCACCUCCAGAACUGAAACAUUCUAAGAGAAAUUAAAUAUUCAUACACACACGCACCAAUGCAAAAUAUUCACACUAACACUCUUAGCCCUUGAGUGCUGCCUGGACCAAAAGAAAACUAAAUACACUACAUGCUGGUGAGGCUAAAUCUCCAUUGUAGCACUAUCCAAAACAUUUAAAAGCAAUGCCGCAACAACCCUAUUCAAUCAUCAGAUGAUAUUGAUAAAACACUGUAAUUAGACUCCACUAAUGUCAGCUGCAGGCCUUUGAACCAUCUGAGGGUCUUGAACCUGAAAGUGAUCGAUGCCGAACUGAAUGUGCACCUACCCUGACCAGUGAUAGAUAGUUAACAAGCAGGAAUACAUUAAGAUCACAUAUCAAUUACAGUAGUAAAGGAAGUGUCACAGUGUCCUUGUAAUACAAUAAAGCAGGGAGUGUUUGGGAAAGUGAGCCAGAAAAGACAACAGCUUACUUUCCAAAACAUCUGUGCACCUCAGACAGACCACACUGAUCGAGAUACAAUAUUAAACUUGAAUCAGUUUGUACUCGACUGGAUUGUUUCCAGAAUUGUUGCACCAUUACCUCUGAGAAUGAGUCCCCUUUUGAACUAUGCAUCAGUACUGAGCAGCGAUGCCAUACUUAAUUAGAACCCUGAAAUGUCUCCUCACUAUACCUCCUGGCUGUCUCAGUCUGUAUGAGUCUUUUGAAAGAGAUGGAGAUAAAUUGAUGGGAAUGUAUGAAUGAGUGUUUUUGACAAGCUGUUGCACAAUAAUGUAAUGAUCCCCCCUCCUCCUCCUUUUUUAGCUCCUCUCACUUCUUAUCUGCUUUUCCUGCCUCAUCUAUCCAACCACCUUUUCAUCAUAUUUUCCUCUCCCUUCCCUCCACAGUGUAAAUUUGCACAUGUUAGAUGUUGGCACCAACUCAUACAAUAAUGUAAACUGUAUCGCUAUGUUUCUCUGUCUUAGCCAGCAGCAAUUCCAACGUACUACUGUAUGUGUCUGGGGAAAAAAAAGAAUAAAUCAGAGGAAAAAAUA